GCCACAUCCGCUCACCCGGCGCGAGGUUUUCCUCAGUAAGGAGCGCGUUUCCUCCGCUGUCGCCCGCAGUUUCGCAUUCUUUCCCACCGCCCAGGCAGGGAAGAGGCUGGAGCGCCGCCCGCAGGUCUGUCGCAGGCAAGGCGUGGGGCGCAGGUCCUGGUCAGCUGGCGCAUCUGCCAUAACUGGGCUACUGAACGGACCGAAUCAAGGCUCGGAAGGAUGCUGCCGGGUGUGGGAGGGAAAAGGCGAGCAGGGGCAUCUCCAACCCGCCCCCUUGCGGAAACUCCUGCGGUGGUUUGUACGGAAGCGGCUGGUGUGGCAAGGCUAAGGGGGCAGCGUUGCACUCUCGGGAGUGUGGCUCAGAAGUAGAGCUUCUGGUGGCUCUCUCCCGGGCAAUAAAAGGAGCGGGGGAAGCCGAGAGGCUGAGGCUGGCCGGAAAGCCGGCAAAGAGAGGGCCAGUAGUGAUGCCUCCUGCUGAGCCCCCUCCCUCCCCGUUGAAUAAAGACGGCAAGAAUUUUCCCAGGAAUCGAUGUCAGACUGACUGAUGUAUAGUUUCCAGGUUCCUCCUUUUUGCCCUCUUUGAAGAUAGAGACAUUAGCCCUCCUCCUAUCAUCUGACACUUUAUCCAUCCUCCACGAUUUCACAAAGAUAAUAGAGUGGUUCUGAGAGUUCUUCAUCCUGUUCCUUCAUUACCCUAGGAUCCAGCUCUACUUCCCCUUUUUCAACUAACCCAGGUCUGGCCUACUUUGUUGUGAUGAUGAAAUGGAACACAGCAAUAUGCUGGACUCUCAUUUUACUGGCUGCAGUUUUCUUUGAAGGCAUCAGCUGUAAAGGAGGACGCGGUGGAGCACGAGGGGCAGCACGGGGCAGUGUACGUGGUAGUACACGGCGGUCAAAAUCCUCACCCCGCUACAGCUCAUCUGGGACAGCCCUGCGGGUAGCAGCAGCUGCAGCAGCAGGUGGAGCCGCUGCAGGAGCAGCAUCAGCUGUAGCUUCUGGCAGGAUGAGGUUGGCUGGUGAGGGCAGCCCUGAACAUGCAAACACACAAGAUGGCAACAGUACAGUUGAAGGCAGUUACAACUAUAGAGCAUGGACAUCAGGUGCUCAACCGUGGCACUUCUUAGAUCUGCCUACUUGCCUGCUUUUUGUGGCUAGUUUCUUUACCCUCUAGGGGAGGGGCACUGCCUGCAAGGGGCCUUUACUCUGUCCUUCCCAACCUUGCCCCAAUGUUUUCUGAUCUUCUUGUAGAGUAGCUGCUCUGGAUUGUCCCUUUCCCUGACUUGGGCUUGACCAUUUAUUUUAUUUAUUUAUUACAUUUAUAUACCGCCCCAUAGCCGAAGCUCUCUGGGUGGUUUACAGCAAUUAAAAACAUGGACUCUUCCUAUAAGGAAUUCUGGAAUUACAAUGCAAGUUGGAUAUUUCUAUUAUUUGCCAAAAGGAGAUCAUUAAAAUGUCUGGAUCUUGCUUCCCUGGCCUUGGAUACUGUCAAGAUAUCACAUAUUCCCAGCCUCUUUUUGGUGCCCUGUCUCUCAGGAGUGAUAUACACCUGUAAUAGCCAUGCAGCAUGAAUGAUCACAGCUGGCUCAGGAAAACAAGAAUCAUGUUGAAAGCCAUAUGAGCUGCUGUUGUCACCCAGAUUUAGCCAAAUUCUUAGCCUGUGCCUGAUUCCUAAGGUGCUCAAGUCAAGGAUUUCCAAAUUCUUCCUAUCACUAUCAGAAUUCCUAUCUCGUGGCAGGGGCUUGUAAGUAUGAUGCUUUAUUGUGAAGAAGUCCAUUGUCAGCCACUGUCUUGCUAGAAGUCUGCAUCAUGUUAAAUAGUGCUGUCAUUGCAAGUGCAUUUGAUUCGUCCCAGUUUCAUGGCUCUUCAAACAAAUAAGAGUUACUCCUUUUGUCAAUUUACUGUCACUAUCAAGGAGCAGGGGUUGAGUUGCAGAGCCUUUGUAAGUAGGAGUGGCUAAAGUUAGAAGAGACCAUUGUAAGAAGGAGCACCAAAUAGCAGCUGUGUAUGUUUACAGCAGUUGAGCAGGGUACUUUCAACAAUUGCAGGAUGGAUUAGUUUUAUGAUGUAUAAAUUGAUGUUUUAGAAUGACUGAUGAUUUGUUUUUAAUUGUACAGUGUAUUUUAAUCUGUUGUAAGUCGCCUAGAGUGUCCAUUAACUCGGACAGAUAGGCGACUAACAAAUAAAUAUUAGUAUUAUUAUUAUUAUGCAUACCUCCCAGCACAUGCAACCAAGAGUGGUUUUCACAAUUAUGUGAAGUUGACAGAAGUACAACUGCCUUCCAUAGCCAGGAUAUGAGAGCUGCCCCCUUAUCAAAAUCUUGCGCACUAGCGAAGAUGUUAAAAACCUGUUGUCCAUGCAAUAGGGAUAUAUGAACAAAAAGUGUGGAUUACUUGUACUUCCUGUUUUCUUUGCUAUUAUACAACAAUUGAAGCCCCUCCAUUAGCCCUACACUAAUAGGGCUUUCUGGAAGUUCAAGCUGAUUAGCUGUAACCACUCAUGAAAUAAGGGAGAUGGGCCAUUGCUCAGUGACAGGCCACACAAGUUGCAUAUAGUAAAUCCCUGCUUCAAUCCCUGGCAUCUUUAGUUAAAAGGAUCUCAGGUAGCACACAGAAUGACUUUUCUGCCUCAGACCCUCCAGAACCAGCAGAAUUAGACUACUGGACAAAAUGGACCAAUGAUCUGACUCAGUAUAAUAAGGCAGCUUCAUAUAUUUAUACAGUAGGGCCCCGCUUUACAGCGUUCUGCUAAUGCAGCAGUUGUCAAUUGCUGAAAGGCCCCGCUCUUACAGCGCUUGUUCUGCUUUUAUGGCACUUUUUUGCCAUUGGGCGCCAUUUUAGUCAAUGUCAGCCAAUGGGUUCUGCUUUACAGCAGUUUUUGCUUUACAGCGGGGGUCCGGAACGUAACCCGCUGUAUGACUGGGGCCCUACUGUGUAUGUAAAAACGUUUCAAAGAGCUUCAGCUAAAACUACGAAUACCCUCUACUAGCUGUGCAGUAGGUAGCAAGCUUCAGAUUAAGUUACCCAAUGAAGUCAGUGGCACCUUAUCAGUAUAAAUGUCAAUAAAAUUGCUCUUUCAGCUGUAUCCCAAGCUUACAAAUUUAAAAUGAAACUUCUUCCAUAAAUGCAUACAGAGUGGAAGCCUUACAGCCCAAUCUUAGGGGCCAAAUGAACACUGCAGAAGAACAAAUAGUGACAAAACUUGUGCCUGGGUAGGAGUCAUAGGAUGCCUCUCCUAUGUUUUCCAUCACAGCUCCAACUGCCCAUGUUCAGCAGUCACUGCCAACUCCUGCACCAAGCCAAUCUUCAUAUUAAUUUUCCUGCUGUUAGGUUUUUUUCCACUUAGCUUGGAUUUCCUAAGGCACAGCUACAAAGUUGUGUAUAGCUAACCCUGCUGCUCGUUUUCACUGUACUCAGCUGUGCUGUUAUCAAUCCAGUUCCAAUUCUUUGGACCACAUUCUGUGUGACUAUUAUCUUUUUACAGUAGCUUUUGUAAUAUUAAAAUGUGAAGACCUUCAACUUGAUUUUAUUCCAUUCAGUAAGAACUAUGUGGAACUCUUAAGUAACAAGUAUUGUGCACUCUCUCCUGUGCCUUGGGGAUGGGGGAGAGAAGGGUGCUUCAUUCAAGAGGGAUUCCACUUUGAUAUCUCCAUGUGAGUGGCAUGUUUACAAAAUUACCUCUUCUGUACUCUGUAAUCAUGGGUGCUUCUUGCCUGUCCAAAACUUGGGAAAAUGGAAAGGCCUGAUUUGUGACACUGUGUUUAAACAAUCUUUUCUUGUGUUUGAAAGAUGUGGAAAUAAUAAUAAAAAACCCAUGUUCAUGCUGCUUUUGAAAUGAUGUAGGUAUUUUAAUAACAAAUCAUAUAGGCAUUUUAACAGCAAUAAAGCAAAU